AUCUACUUCCUAGUCGUUAGCGCUCACACCAUCAAACCUCUUCCUCACGCCCCUCUGUGGAGUUCUGUCCUAUUUAUGAUCAGGAUAUCAGAAGAGGAUAAUUUGCAAUUAGGAAAUUCAAACUGACCAUCACAAUGGGAUUUGAUAAGAGUCUUCUAUUUUCUGGUAACCUGAAAAUCAAUGCAUUUUGAACAUGGAAGGAAAAAGCAUCAUUUGCACUAGGGAGAAACUGUACAUGUGUUCUGUAUGUGGACGAGACUUCAGCCGAUCAUCUGGUUUAUCCAGACACAAGUGCAGUCAGACUGGGGAGAACCCGUGGAAAUGUGAGGACUGUGGGAAGGGAUUCAAUUACCCAUCUGACCUGGAGACACAUCAGCGCAGUCACACUGGGGAGAAACCGUUCACCUGUCCUCAGUGUGGGAAGGCCUUCACACAGUCAUCCACCCUCCUCAAACAUCAGCGUGAUCACAAUGGCUACAGGCCAUUCACCUGUCCUGAGUGUGGGAAGGGAUUCACUCAGUUUUCCAACUUCUUGGGUCAUCAGAGAACUCACACUGGGGAGAGGCCAUUCACCUGCGCAGAGUGUGGGAAGGGAUUCACUCAGUCAUCCCACCUGAUGGCACAUCAGCGAGUUCACACUGGGAACAGACCUUUCACCUGCUCCGAAUGUGGGAAGGGAAGCUCUCAGUUAUCAGAUCUGCUGAAACACCAGCGGGUUCACACUGGUGAGAGACCAUUCACUUGCUCUGAGUGUGGAAAGGGAUUCACUCAGUCAUCGCACUUGCUGAAACACCAGCGAGUUCACAGUGAUGAAAGACCAUUUGAAUGCCUGCAUUGUGGGAAGCGUUUUAAAAGUUCUGUGGAGCUGGUGUCUCAUCAACGGGUUCACAGUGACGAGAGACCUUUUAAAUGCCGAGACUGUGGGAAGUGCUUUAAAACUUCUGGGGAACUGGUAACCCAUCAACGCGUUCACACUGACGAGAGACCGUUCAGAUGCUCUCACUGUGGGACUGGGUUCAGGAAAUCAUCUCAACUCACUGUACACCAGCGAAUUCACACUGGGGAGAGGCCGCUCAGCUGCUCCAACUGUGGGAAGAGAUUUAAUCAUUUGUCCAAUCUACUAAAACACAAGCGUAUUCACACUGGGGAAAAGCCAUUCACUUGUUCUGAAUGUGGGAAAAGAUUCACUCAGUCUUCCCAUCUAUUGAGGCAUAAGCGAGUUCACAAGCACAAGCGCAGUCAUACUGUGGGGAAGCCAUGGAAAUGUGCAGACUGUGGAAAGGAAUUCAAUUACCCAUCAGAGCUGGAAAUUCAUCGUCGCAGUCACACUGGCGAGAGGCCAUUCACGUGUUCUGCCUGUGGGAAGGGGUUCACUGCAUUGUUCGGCCUUCAAUCACACCAGCGAAUUCACACUGAGGAGAAGCCAUUCAUCUGCGCUUUCUGUGGGAAGAGGUUCAGGCAAUCAUCUGCCCUUACUGUACACCAACGAGGACACACUGGGGAGAGGCCCUUCACCUGUUCUGUGUGUGGGAAAGGAUUUACUCAUUCAUCUGUACUAUUGAAACAUCAGCGAGUUCACACUGGAGAGAGACCAUUCAUCUGCUCUGAGUGUGGGAAGGGAUUUGCUCAAUCAUCCCAGUUGCUAACUCAUCAGCGCAUUCACACUGGAGAGAGACCAUUCACUUGCUCCCUGUGUAGGAAGGGAUUCACUCAGUUAGCCAAUCUGUUGACACACGAGAGGGUUCACAAAUGAUUAUAAGGAUUGGAUUCUACUAUUAUUGUUGCUGUUAAUCACUCCCAGGACCAAACUGUGUUCAUUGUGACAAUUAGACUUUGUUUCUGCUAAUGAUAAACCCUGUUGGAGGUAUAGAUGAUUGUCUUCCUAAGAUGCAAUGUUCCUUUAAAAAUCACCGUCUUCUGAUCUUUCCGCACAAUUCAUGGCAUUUCAUCAGAAAUGAUUUUAGAACGAUGUUAUGGACUUUUACUUCCACUCUAAAUUGAUCUUUUGUAUGAAUUUUACAAUUCAGUGCCAGAAAGGUUUCACUGAUUAACAUCUCAAAUCAGCAUGUGCUGAUGAAUCGUUGCUGACAAUUCUGACUGACUUGCACGUUCCACACAGCGGGCCCUCCAUUAUCCAAGAGAAAGCAAGGAGAAUUGUUGGAGAAUCAAGCAUAUCCGUUAGAAAUUAACACGAGAAAUAGGAUUAGAGCAUGGACAUUCAGCUCUUCAAGCCUGCUGUGCCACUCAACAUGAUUAUUAUUUUCUACUUCAUUUUUCUGCACUAUCCUUAUUUCCCUGGAUGUCUUUAAUAUGCAGAAAUCCAAAGAUCUCAGUCUUGAACACAUACUCAAUGAAUGAGUCUGCACAGCCCUUUGAAGCAGGGAAUUCCAAAGAUUACCAUUCCGAGUGAAGAUAUUCCUCCUCAUCUCCAUCCUUUAUGGCCUGUGCCUUUUCUGAAACUGUGUCCCCGUGUUCAAUUGUAAGCCCUGAAACAAGAUAAUCGUGCUGUAUAACUAUGAUUCUAACAAUACUUUGAUUACGAAGACUAUUAGGACAAUUAUUUCACAGUCCCUAUAUGAAGCAACUAAAUGGGUAAGAGUUAAAACUGGCCGCCAAGAGACUGGAAAGAGAUUUCACAGUGAUCCACGAUGGCUUCAACCCAAUUCCCACAUUCUGUCUCACACAGUAACUAUUAGAAGAGACACUGCCAUCUGCUAUAGAGGUCAACAUUCUGCAUUGUCUUUCAUCCUCUGGAAUCGGAAAACUGUUCUCAUCUGUCAUGGUGGGGAUACAGAGUCGAUUGUUCUGCACACAUGAAUAUCUGAGAGGACUCUCCAGUGUGAUAUACUGGGGAAGGUCCUUCGCACUUGCUGUUGUCUGGAAUGGUGGUCAAGGUGGUUUCAUUCUCUGUUUUGAUGAACACCGUUCGGUGUUCUCUGUACCAUCACGCCUAGGAAUAGGAGUUGGUUGUCCUUUUCUUCCUCUCUAGUGAAUCGGACUCCUGUGAGUGUGGCCUUGAUGAUCCGGUGUGUGUUCUCUAUUUCCGUGAUUUUAAUGAUAACAAAGGUGCCAUCCACAUAUCUGACCCAGAGUUUGGGUUGAAUUUGCGGUAAGACUGUUCCAGAGGACAAACAGAAAGACAGCUA